AUGACUAAAGCAAGGAGAUUCAUCUCUACUGGAAAUAAAAGGGUUCGAGGAAAAUACUGUUGGGAAAUUGUUAGUGGUGUCUCAUGUAAGAGACCAACGGCAUCCAACAGAAGAUGUGCUAGGAAAACAGAACCUGAACCAGUGGAAGUGAAUGUCCCUAUAGAGAAGGAUGACCAUGUGGAUGUGAAUAAUGAUUAUGUUGACAACGAUAUUGGUGUGGAGGAUGAUGAUGUCAAUAAUGAUAUUAGUGUAGAGGCUGACCUCAUAGAGGACGAUGUUGGUGUGGAUGAUGACAACACAAAACCAGUUCCAAGUGCUCCAGAGGAUCCUUCAUUGCUAAUUAGCUUCCAUAGCCAUGUUGUUGCUGCUGUUUGGAAGAAAAAGCUUGCCAAGUGGCCAUGGAUGUCACCAACAGUCGAAAAUGUUAGGUGGAGACAUGUGGUUGAGCAUUCUGGUCUUAGUGUCCUUAUUGAUCACACAUAUCAGCAUGGCAAUAGAGUGGCAAUAUCUGCCAUCAUUGAAAGGUGGCAUCCAGAGACAAAUACAUUUCACAUUCCAAAUGGUGAGAUGACUGUCACGUUGGAUGAUGUGCGGACCAUACUUGGCAUUCCAUUCACUAGCAUGGCUCUGUCAUGUCCUAAGUUAACAAGAUAUGAGACUGCUGAACUGGUGAAUGCUACUUUGGGAGUGCCAAUGAAUGAUGCAUUUGCAGAAUUAGUUCAAUCUCGUGAGCAAUCCGUGAAGCUAGAGUGGUUACGAAUUAGAUUUCAUGAAGUUAAUGAUACAGUUGAUGCAAAUUUCAUAGAAUACACAGCGAGAGCUUACUUGCUAUAUUUAUUAGGUUGUACCCUCUUCGCUGACAAGAGUGGGACUCAAGUACCUGUUGCUUCCUACACAUGUUGA